AUGAAAAAUUUGUUAUUGUUAAUUGCCUCAUUCCUGCUGUGCAGUAUUUCGAAUGGGCAGAAUUUCUUUGGCAAAAAGGAUGAAGAAAAUUCAGCAAAACCAUUAGAAAUUGAAUUGGAUGCCGCUAUAAAAAAGUUUUCCAAAGCUAUCACUUUCGAAAGGGUAUCGAUAAAAUGGGGAGAAGCAAAUGUGGCUGAAUUGCUCAAAUUUAGAAAAUUUUUGGAAUCAGCUUAUCCAUUGAUUCACUCAACACCUUGGAUAGAGAGACAGAUGGUGAGCAACCUGAGCCUAGUAUACACCAUAAUGCCAUUAAUAGAGGAUGAUGACGAAUUUACUAAUAAACCAUGGAUAUUACAAGCCCACCAGGAUAUCGUUCCCCCCACCGAGUCUCAUAGGUGGAAUGUCACUCCGUUUAGUGGGCAAAUUGUAUACAAGCCCAAAAAUCUAUACGAGAUACUUUAUGACCCAAAGACUAAAAAUUGUUCCAAGAAAUUUUCUGCAGAUGAUCCAGAUAAUAAGGAUUAUUAUGUAUACGGGAGGGGAACCGCUGAUUCGAAAUACAUCAUAAUGUUAAUUAUGGAGGCUAUCGAACAUAUUAUAGGUCAAGGGCUGAGACCUUACGCCAAAGGCUGAUCUUGAGCUUUGGACACGACGAGGAAGUUGGGGGAAUGAAUGGAGCUAGAAAAAUAGCCUUACUAUUAGGGAACACAUAUUCAUACCCACAUAAAGGGGGAAAGCCUAUAGCGUGUGCGUAUCAGAAAAGUAUGUAAUGAAUGUCAAUAUAAGCGUGGAAGCAAUAGGAGGCCACUCCAGUCUUUCCGGGAAAGAAAACGCCAUAUCGAUAUUAUCGAGUGCUGUGACGAAAGUUCGAUCGAAAGAAUUUCCGUCUUUUCUUGGUCACCCUGGAACACCAGACUUUGAAACUUUGAAACGCAUAGCUCAUUUAUACCCUCAACCCUAUAAAAUAUACCUUGAAAAUGUGGCUUUAUUUAGGAAUAAUUUGUCACUAUAACAUUGGACAAUGAUUUAGUGAAAUCAUUUACUAAAACUUCAGCAGUUGUCACGAGUUUCAUUGGUGGAAUCAAAAGUAACGUGAUACUCAGUUACGCAGAAGCCACUAUUAAUCAUAGAGUUCAUCCCAUGCAAGAUCCAAUAGACAGUUUAGAAUUCGAUGGUCAAAUAAUAGAUGAUUCAAGGGUGAAAAUAAUUCCAGAUGAAGUUCCUAUACAUAGCCCUAUUUCCGAUUACGAUACCAAUGCUUUCAAAAUGAUCGAAGCGACUAUCUUGGGAAUAUUCAAUGAAACUAUAGUAGUACCAGCGAUUUUUAUGGGGAGCACAGACUCCAAGCAUUUUUCCGGAAUCGUGGAUAACAUAUACAGAUUCUCGCCUCUAACAGUGACCGUAGAUGAUAUAUCAAGAGUGCACGGUGUCAAUGAGAGAAUUUCGGUGGCCGAUUAUCAUAACUGUAUAAAAUUUUAUUAUAACUUGAUCGAACAGGUAUCGGGAUUCGUAAAAGUUCCAAAAGAUUCAAAAAGAAGAGAGAAAAUAAAAGAAA